AUGGUGCCAAGACCUCCUCCUCCUCCACCUGUCGAACGUGAUGUGCCUGAUAACACAAGGUUGUUGGAAUCAGUGAUCGAAAGGCUACAGCAGCAGAACACUGUUUUGAUGCAGCAGAACGCGGCUGCUUUACAGAGUUUGGAAGACGCUCGCGCAAAUUCUGAAGCGACCCAAAGGCAACUGAUGGAGAUCAUUGCGACCACUAGGGGAAUGCCCAGAGCAUCUGCUUCAAACGCUACUCAUCAGGCCGAGUGGAGUUUGGAGAAUUUUCUACAGCAUCGUCCAGCCAAGUUUGAUGGGAAGUGCCUUCCUGACGAGGCAGACCAGUGGCUGCGUGACAUGGAGCAGAUCUACAACGCCAAGAGAUGUCCGGACGACAACAGGUUGGCGUUCACUAAGUAUCUACUGACUGGAGAGGCCAGUCACUGGUGGGCGAGCGUUAAGAUGAUAUUUACGGACGCUCAAAGUCCCAUUUCCUUGGAAGUCUUCAGAGACAAGUUUUAUGAGGAGUAUUUCCCUGACAGCGUUCGUUUCGGUAAGGAAGUAGAGUUUCUACAGUUGGUGCAAGGUUGUAUGUCCGUUUCUGAGUACACCAACAAGUUCAAGCAUCUGGUUCGUUUCAAUACUAUGGCUACCAGUGAAGUAUGGCAGUGUAGGAAGUUCGAGAAUGGGUUAAGAAGUAAUCUGAAGGUGCUGAUAUCCAGCCAUUGUAUUAGGUCGUUUCCUGCAAUGGUUGAGAAGGCCAAAGUGUUGGAAAGGAAUGUGGCCGAAGCAGAGCAACAGAAGAAACAACAGCAAGCAACUAGGGUGCCGGUCAUGUCCAGACCUAAUCUGAAUCGGGGCAGGAUGUCGUACGCUCGUCCCGCACAACCAUCCAAUUCUCAAGCUAUGGUUGUUGCCGGACAGUCUGGACAGUAUGGUACAAUCAGGUGUUUUCAAUGUGGAGGGCCACACUACCGAUCAUCGUGUCCUCAGUUGUUAGGAGUAAAGUCCUGCACUCGUUGUGGGAGGAACAGACAUCUAGAACGCGAGUGUAAUAUGGGCGGACGAGCGGCAAUGAGGCCGCCAAAUGUUGGGAGAAUGCAACAAGGUCGGGGUGGACGAGCGCAAGAUGUUGGUCGAGUCUAA